AAGUGCUGGAUUCUCCCUUUCCGUGUCACCAACUGAGAGAUUGCAAGUGGGGGCGGGCUGCUCUUGAGCUAGUGGCACGCACAAGUGUGGGGCGGAGCGAGAGCAGGAAGAAGGAGAAAGGAGGGAAGAAAAGGAAGAUCGCGAAGAAAGGUGAGGGAUAAAGAGGGGACCGAGAGCUCAGGUUGGAGCGGGCCAAGGAGUCUUCAGAGCAUUCGACUGGCAUUGAAGAAAGGACAUCAUCAUCAUGGCCUCGGUGUCCACUCAUGGAAGCCAAGAGAAAAGUCCCCACUUGCCACCGUUUAGCAAGCAGAGCCUGUUGUUUUGCCCAAAGUCAAAACUGCACAUCCACAGAGGAGAGAUUGCCAAGAUCAUCCGAGAGUGCCAAGAAGAAAGCUUCUGGAAGAGAGCUCUGCCUUUUUCUCUUAUAAGCAUGCUUGUCACCCAGGGACUUGUCCACCAAGGUUAUUUAGCUGCCAACCCAAGAUUUGGAUCGCUACCUAAAGUUGCAUUGGCUGGGAUCCUGGGAUUCGGCCUUGGGAAGGCUUCCUACAUAAGAGUGUGCCAGAGUAAAUUCCAUUCCUUCGAGGAUCAGCUCCGUGGUGCUGGCUUUGGUCCCGAGCAUAACAGGCACUGCCUGCUUACCUGUGAGGAGUGCAAAACCAGGCGUGGAUUAAGUGAGAAGAAAGGGUCCCAGCCGUCUGCUUCCUAAGCCCCGUCUGUGCUUUUCAGUGAUUUCUAAACCUCUGAAUCUGUACACGUUUAAACUUCCAAGUGUACUCUAAAAUAAUCCACUUCUAUUGAAACAGAAACCUUGUCCUUCUCGCGUUCCUUUGAAAUGCUUGUGCUGGAAGGCUCUCUCGGUUGACUUGAGCAUGGCAUAUUCUUCCGUUCUUCGAGAACAUGUUGGAAGCCACCACACACUACCCAGGAAAUAAAGUUACACCCUUCCAUGGCUUGCAGCUUCCUGAGAGAAUUUUGAGUAGCUUCUGGGUAGGCUUUCCUGCAAGUCUUUUACUGCGCUUUUCUUCUUCUUCUUCUUCUUCUUCUUCUUCUUCUUCUUCUUCUUCUUCUUCUUCUUCUUCUUCUCCUUCUCCUCCUCCUCCUCCUCCUCCUCCUCCUCCUCCUCCUCCUUCUCCUCCUCCUUCUCCUCCUCCUUCGUCUUCUUCUUCGUCUUCUAUUUCAGUGAUUUAAGUUCUCUGGUAGGGAACAGGAAUGAAUGAUGUGGGAGUUAGUCGGGAAGCCAUGACCUAAAGAAAACCUAUGUAUAUGGAUCUAGAAAUCCAGGAAAGAUUGUGUUUUAGUACUAGAAGUCCAUCCUAAAGUCUAGGAGCUGAGAUUUGUAAUUCGAUAGGAAAUAUUUCCUGUGAAAGGGUCAUCAUACUAACCAGCUUGUAUGAUCAGGAGCUCAUCUCAGCGCAGGAGCUGUGAAAGUGCCCAUCACCUGUAGGUGACCUGUUUGGCUCGUGGGUACAUCCCAUUGUCAGCACUCAAUAGCCGGUUCUUUUACCAAUUAUUAGUGGCCUCAGAGAAGAAAGACAGCUUCCUGACCUGCUCUCCCAGGGAGCAGCUUACUGGAAGGAGAACCAGAGGACUGAAUUAAUUCUAAAAGUGAGAAACUCUUGGAACUUGUGGGAGCUCAGAGGCAGCCAGCGCAAUGGUAUGAGUUGUGUUUCUUCUCCAGACAACCUGUUACAUGGGAAGUGUGGUCUUUUUGGAACCUCUUGCUUUAUGGCAUGUUGGCUGAGCCCCAUAGAAAAACUCCCUUUGCAUCUUCGCUUUCCUUGCUUCUCAGGAAAAUGCUCUGUCUACAAGUCACCAUUCAAAUAUAGAGUAUGCGUGUGGGAUGGGGGCUGCUUAUCCUCGAUGUAUCUACAAGCCUGGAGUUAAAAAGAAAAUUUCAUCAGAGGUUAACAUUUGAUGUGAAAUCAUUUCACUUUAAUCAUUAAAACAUGUGGAGGCUUAUUUUUGUGUGAACAUUAAAUGAAUGAAAUGGAGGGGUUUGAUGGAGUUGAUUUUUAUAUGACUUAUCCUGUUUGACAGUCAAUAAAAUUCUAUUUCUGAAAAUUAAAAGACA